AAAAUGUACGUAUGGAUUCAAUUAUGGCAAAACUGUUUUUUCUUACAGUAUAGAAACCAAAAACCACCAUGUUCUCAUCGUGCAAGUAAAAGCGCGCUCCCGCGAGCUGCGCGCAACAGAUGUCAGUUCAGGUCUGUUCGACAGAGAGGAGGGCGCCAAAUAGGAAGGACGGCAGAUGUGUGUCUGAUUCCAGGGUCUGCCUCUAAUCACAACAAACCGCAUCAACGGGGAGAGUCGUUGUUAUCCGUACUUUAACGUAUGAGUAACUGGACCCAUCGACACGGAGUAUUGCUUUUGUCUGGACGAAGACGAGGGCUGAAAGAUGGAGGCAGACAGGGUGAGCAUAUGGCCACGCAUGGAACCCUUCUUACUGGGUGCCCUGCAGGUGGCUCCACCCUCCAAACUCAGCCUGCACUACCUUCGCAAGAUGGCGAGCUACGUGCGAACACGGGACGGCUGCUUCCCUAUUUUGGGCUGGCCCAUGUGGAGGCACAUUGCUUGUGGAAAGCUCCAGCUUCCAGAAGACCUCGCAUGGCUCUACUUUGAGACUUUUGACCUACUUAUUGGCCAUACUCCAGAGGAGAGGCUGGAGUGGGCAGAGUGUCUUUCCCAGUGCUCCUCCAAAACUGAGCUUGAACAACAAAGGAACAAGUUGUCUGUGGACACACUGCAGUUCCUCCUCUUCCUUUAUGUCCAGCAGCUAAACCGCGUGUCUCUGCGUACCUCUCUGAUUGGUGAAGAGUGGCCCAGUCAUCGUACUCGUUCCCCCUCUCCAUCAGACCGAGAGGCCAAGACAAGCUCUCAGAAUAAGAACUGGGAUGACCAGGCCCACCUUUCAUUUGUACAAAGUCACCUAGCUGAGAUUCUGGAGCUGCUGGUGGAACCAGGUCAGCUGUCACAGUCUGGUCAGGCCCUUAGAGAUUGCCAGAUAUCCCUGGAGGCUGUGCGCAGCUUGGGCCUGCUCCUAGAGGGCUCAGCUUGUCAUGGCAGAGCUGUCCAACCCAUCCACAGGCUGCUGACCAAAAGUCCACUGCAGACACAAGCUGGCUAUUCCACACUCACUCACUCGUUUCUCCUGCACAAGCUACUGUCUUGCCUCCAGCAGAGCCUCACACUCAACCCCUUUGGGAUAACUGCCUGCCUGCGCUCAGGCAAGAAGCUAGCCUGGGCUCAACAAGUAGAGGGGGCCAUGAAGAGAGCCAAAAUAGCCCGAAACACCCACAUGGCUCCACCAGGCAGUAAGAUGGUGCUGAUGUCACAAGUGUUCAAACAGACCCUGGCUAAAACCUCAGACAAGCUGACUGGUGCCAACAUCAAAAUCCACAGAUGCUCGGAUGCCUUCAUUUACCUUCUGUCACCUCUCAGAUCAGUCAGUGUGGACAAAUGCCGGGACAGCACUGUGGUUUUAGGUCCUGUUGAGACCAGCGUCCACAUCCACAGCUGUCAGAAUGUGCGGGUGGUGUGUGUGGCUGGCAGGAUUGCUGUCGGAGCCUCCUCCUGCUGCACUAUUCACGCCUUGACGCCCACCCGCCCCUUGCUCCUACCUGGAAACACAGACAUUACAUUGGGGCCUUUCCACACUUUUUAUCCCUCCAUGGAGGAUCAUAUGGCCAGUGUUGGGCUGGCAGUAGUCCCCAGUGCCUGGGAUCAACCCUUGCUUCUGGGGACCGAGGGCCUCACCAGCAGUUCUCCCCACACAUCGUCGAACCCAGACUCUGUCUGCUACCGCCUGCUGUCCCCGGCUGAGUUUCACACACUGAUUGUGCCUUUCCAGAUGGAGGGUGACACAUGUGAGGUGCCUGGGGGAUUACCUCCUCCAUAUCAGGCAGCACUCGAUGAAAAGCAGAGGAGGAUACAAAAGUGGCAGAGGACUGUGAUGGAGGCCCGGCUAAACAAGGAGCAAAAGCAGCAGUUUAAAGAGUUGGUGGAGGUCAAAUUCCAUGAGUGGCUUCUGGAAACAGGGCACAGGCAGGAACUUGACAGCCUUAUUCCACCCACGAUAGCCUCCUUAAAGGACUCCAAUGGGCCUGAGAUGGACACGACCCAAGUUACUGAUGCCAAACAUGUGAGGACUGGGCGGGCAGUUGGACAGUCACCUAUGGCUUGUUGAAUUCUUAUGUUAGUCCUAUUUUAGGUCACAGCCAGCAGGAUAAUUGUACCUGUAAAUUAGGGUUGCAAACCAGAAUUCAUGUUCAGGCUCCAUGUGGUCUUAUAUUUGGAGCUCCUGUAAGUUCAUAACUAUGUUAGCUGCCAGUAUUAUCGUGCAGUAUGGUCGUGGGUAUUUGCACCUUAAUCGGUCAAGUCUGUUGAUGCAGCUUUUACAGCAACUUAUGUCCCUCCCAUUCUUGAGUGGGUGGCUGGCAUGGGCUGCAUUUUAAGUCGCUCUUAACAAAAGGCAGCUACUUAAGGCAGCAAGUCCUUAACCUGUCUAAGACAAGUAGGGAGUGGAUUGGCAUGUUGUAAAACAACAUACCAAGCAACACUGAGGGGAGCUGUAGCCUGAAAUAAACAUAGUAUCUGUGAAGACACCAGAGGCGUUUAAAGGGCCAUUGUGAGUAGAGAGUUUUUGGUUUACUGCUGAGCGUCAUCUUUUGGAGACAGGCAAUCUAAAUUUGGUUAAAGGCAGUGAGUGCAGCUGAGGAGGAAUAAAGACAAGGUACUGAUGGAAUGUGACAGGCUGACAGAUCUGUCAGUCAGGCAGACAUUACCUAAAAUGUGUUCUCCUGAAGCAUUAAUAGGUCUUUAUUAAAUAAUCAUUCCCAAACACCUACAUUAAGAUAGAGUUUGAGAACUGAAAUCUACCUACCACCCACUGUUCGUGAUUAAAACAAGUAAUUAACUUUGUGCAUUUUGGAGUCAGCAUGUAGCAACCAUUAGAGGAACUUAAAGCACCUGCUGAACUUUGGUGGGUUCUGGAGAACCAUGACUGCGGUGAGCACUUUGGAUCUCUUCCAUACUGUCCAGAGCAAAUGUCAACAUUUCAUCUUAGUAUGCUCACAUAUGCAACUACAUGUUACUUUCUGUAGAAAAGUAUAUUUUAUGUAAGGGGAGUUGACACAUGUAUUUAAAUAUGGAGAAUAUAGAUGAAUGAUUUAGCACUUUGGGUAUUAAAGACAUAUUAGUGCUCCUACAGUUACUCAGGUCAUAGAACUUUUAGUGUUUAUAGUAAUCAAGUUUUUUUUCUAAAGAAAAGGGUAAAGAAAGAAUAUUAACAUUUAUUGUAGGUAUGUUACCGCACCGUCCAUCUGUCAUAUCCUAUGUUCAUUGGAUAAGUCAACAAUAAAACAUUUGGUGAGUUUGCAGAAUUGUGGACAGAUGUCGUUUAAUGUGAAUAUUUUGAUGAAUUCACCUGUGUGUGUGUGUGUGUGUGUGUUAUAGUAGGAUUAUUUUUAUUAAAUCUGCCCUGCCUACAGUAACAUUUAUAGCAUUCCAUACCUCUAAGUGUACUUCAGGCUGUUGGCUCCCUGUUUGUACACUUUGGUCCAUUACAAUUUCCUCUCAUUCAUAGAUUCAUAGAUUGGGAAACUCAUUACAAACAACAGACCUGAUAAAAAAAACUUGAUAAAAAAAAGUACUUUUAAAAUGUUACAUAUUAGGGAACAAUGUAAAUUUUUUCAAAAUGCUGGGAUGUGUUUUUUCAUUUUCAAGAUGGAAGUGAUGACUCUGUAAAUGUCUUACUGCUGCUGCCUACCUUGAACACCUACCCUGUGAUUAGAACAUGCACUCCUCUACACAGGUACUACAUUGAAGAGCACAAUAACAUUUUAGAUUGUUAAAAAAAUAAAGAUUUUGACUGAAAUCGCA